AAAUAGCGUGCGCUCGGAACAGAGCCACGCCGCGUACUGAAAGUCUGAAACUGUUGUGGAAUGGUUGUGAAUUUGACCAGUUGCUGAAGCGAAUAUCGUUUCUUCUGGGGUUUGUUCUUCAGAGGGGCGUUCAUAAGGGGACGUUCUUAAAUUCGCGAAUGAACCAAGUCGCCGUAAUUGUGGAGAAAAUUGUGACAUACCGCCGGAAGUUCUCCCCUCGUGACUACUUCGGCUGUUAUCGGCCAUUUUCGACCGUUCUCAACACGAAGCCGUCGCCCUCGACCGUCACUUCCGUUUGUGCAGUCUUCAUCUCCUCCUCUUCCUCUUGGACGAGAGCCGUGCUAAGUUUCUCUCGCGAAUUCUUCAAUACAGAAAAACUCAGUUCGCUUUUAUUCGCCAAACUUCACCUUCUACACUACUUGCGAGUACCAAACUUCGCAUUACUUUUGUUAUUCACUGUUUUGCUUCGGCACCAGCAUCAAACUGACGACCCCAACUAA